AUGAAAAGUCGUAGCGAGUCUUUCGAAUCCGAUGGCUUAGAAAAUGAGAGUUCUAGAAAUUUGAAGGGCCGCCGGAAGAAACUGGCCUGUGUGGAAUGCCGGCAACAAAAAUCGAAAUGCGAUGCCCACGAAAGAGCACCUUUGCCAUGCACACGGUGCGUGAAGAAGAACAUCGAAUGUAUGUUGCAGCGAGAUUUCCGUCGGACUUAUAAACGGGCGAGAAAUGACGUUAUUGAGAGACGGUUUCUGGAGCUGACGCAGUCGUUGAGCAAUCUGGAUUCUAAGGAAAUCCUCCGACGUAUUGAAAACGAGGAAAAGGGCGUCAUGGAUGGAGACACCGAUUUUUUCGAAAGGGACCGGAUCGCUUCGCUUUUGCAGAAGCGAAUAUUGGAUCAGAUGCACUCACAUACGGUCGAUUCUCGGGCUGAUCGCUUGUCCGAGGUGGUAGACGCUGGUCUUGUGACGUGUCGGCUGCCGAAUGACGUAGAACUCACGAAAGAAAUGCUGCAAUGCGAGCCCAAGUCGCUGGGGGACGUACGUCUGUCAGCGCAAGACAUCGCAGCAUUGUACAAAGAGUUCGUCGUCAAGUACCAUCCAUUUCUGCCCGUGGUAGACGUGAUCAAGGGUCCCGAGCGGCUGCAUGCGUUGUCGCCGUGCCUAUUUUGGGUUAUCAUGCUUAUAGGACAACGGCAAACAGGCGAGUCAUCGACAGUCAUGGCCAAUUUGUCCGCACUGGUGAAAUCUAUCCUCGCGGAGAUUAACAUGUCCCCAAUUAUUCGGUAUUCGCCUUCAGAAAAUGAUGAGCCUGUGCUGAACGUUGCUUCUGUUUAUUCCGUCCAGGCUUUUUUGCUGUAUACCUUUUGGCCUCCUCUCACUUCGUCUCUGAGCGCGGACACGUCCUGGAACACCAUUGGAUCUGCCAUGUUUCAGGCCAUACGUGUGGGGCUGAACUGUGCGGAGUUUUCUAGCGAAUACGCCAGUGCCAAUUCAGAGCAGAUAGCAGAACAAGUGAGGACCUGGGUAUGCUGUAAUAUAGUCUCCCAAACGAUCGCGUCGGCAUUCGGGUUCCCUUCCUUUGUGUCCUUUGACAACACUAUCUUCAACGCAUGUAAGCUCGCAUCCGAGCAGCAUGCGAAAGAGAAGGACAGCCAAGUUCCCGAAUCUUUGAAAAUGAUGAUGCAUAUAGCGCAUUUUGAGAAUCAAUUGACCAAAACCAUGACUUCGAAUCCGUUGAACGCUAUGGGUAUGGUGUCUAGCGAGGAAAGACUACCGCUACUGCGGGUAUUAGACCAACAACUGGGAGAGUUGGAACUUAAAUUACAAGCCAGUGGGCUAGAUGACAUUCGCAAGUUUCUCCUCCUCGUUUCCAAAGUUCAUUUGCUAACUUAUUAUUUCACGGAUGCUAUCUCUGAAGGUGGCGAGUCUGACUCAAAUUUACUGGACGUCCGCAGCAUUGAAAAGAGUUUUGAGACCAAGAGGGGGUUCGUUAAAGUUUACAAUGUCGCGGUAGAACUUCUAAAUCAUGCUAAUUCGAUGUGGAAAUCUGACCCGACAGUCAUCAAGUCGUUUCCAGGUGUAUUUGUCCUCAAUAUUUGGCAAACCGCAUGCGUUAUUUGUAAACUUGCUCAUUCGUCACUGGAUUCUGUGCUGGACGUAGAACUUGGCAAGCAAGUCUACAAAGAUGCGGUCUCACUAACGCUGAACGCUUCGAUCAUUAAAUAUGAUAUGGCCUACAGAUCUUCCGGCAUAAUGCGAAGCAUUUGGAGCAUGUUCAAAAACAUGCAUUCAGACUGGAAGAAACCUGAGGACAAGACAACAACGAGCAAACACCGCGAUUUCAACCUGGACAUUACGGUGAAUUCACGUAUGUCUGCUAGUGUCUUUUUCGACUGUCUCUAUAUUCUUCGCGAAAAGUGCGGUAUGGCCAAACUUAAGCGUGAGCUUCGCCGCGAGUCCAGGCACAACAAAACUACUGGUAGAACUCAAAAUAAUACAAGCUACGACGACCAUGAAAACAGUGACAUUCAGAAUUCGAGUGAUCGCGAAGAUUUUGCCGAUGUCACGAUUGAUCCGACCUACGAUAAGAGACGUCUGCGCCGUUUGUCGGGUCAGGAAACGCCUGAGGAGGAUGCCCGGAAAUUGAUCAAAAUGAUACCUCUGGAUCCUGAACCUAUCAAUGCAUCUGUGACAAACAUUGGAAAUGCUAGCGGUCCCAAUUCUGCUGCCGGUCAUGACUCUGUCUCCCUGAAAGCAAUUUUGAAUCGAAAUUCGCCUCGGGAACACAUUUUGAAAAGGUCCCACGAGGAAAAUGGAGGUCAACGUGGAUCUUCGUCUUCGGAUAUUUUGUGGAAGGGCACCGGGCUACCAUUAGUAAAUUUACAGGCUACGCCUCUAUGCUCGGAAGAGAUUUCUGCGUCCGACGCAGGAUCUUCUGGUGCUCCAAAAGGUGACACAAGCGCUACUCCCCUAGCAAACGCAUUCCCAGAAAAGUCUCCCGCGCCAGUAGAACAUUGGGAAAAUUGGGAAUCUGAUUUGGUUUGGAAAGACGUCGACAUCUUGAUGAAUGAAUUCGCCUUCAAUCCAACUGUUUAA